CUGACAUGAUAACUUUGGUGAUGUUUGAAGCAAUUCAGGUAGAAGUGAUCCAUGGAGGAGGCAAAUUCGUCUGAAGAGUUCACUUUCAUACAGCAGGAAGCCUUCCAUCUACAUUUGGAUACAGGGACCUUGACAAGAGUGGUUGUUGUGAUUACAACUUCCAUAUUCUUCAUUUAUGUGAACAGCAUCAUGUUCCUCACCCUAAGGAGCAAGGCCACCUUUAGUGAGACAUCCCGCUACAUCCUCUUUGCCAACAUGCUAUUAAUUGAUUCUGUCCACCUCGUGGGUACCACAUUGUUGUAUGCAAUUGGUGCAGCAGGCUUUCACCUGAUCAAGACUGUCUGUGCCCUGCUGACACUGAUGCCUGCCACCACAUACACUACCACCCCCUUGAACCUGGCAGUGAUGUCUCUGGAACGAUAUGUAGCAAUCUGCUUCCCCCUGAGGCACACAGAGAUCACCACACAGAGAAGGACAAACAUUGCCAUUGGAUUAGUCUGGUUUUUCGGCUCCCUAAAUUUCAUUAUCGACAUGUUUUAUAUUACCAUAAAACAACCACACUCUCUCACUGCAGUCAUACCCUGCACACGGCCGGGCCUAUUCCCUGCUAAAUGGCAUAUACAAUUGGGCCAGGGGUUAAACAGCUUUUACUUUGUUGUUGUGGUUUUAACUAUCAUUUACACCUACAUUGGUAUUAUAGUAGCUGCUCGGUCUGUAUCUACAGAUAAGGUUUCAGCCCGCAGGGCCCACAGAACUGUGCUGCUCCAUCUGAUUCAGCUGGGACUGUGUCUCACCUCUCUUCUGUAUGGAAUUUUUGAGAGUAUGACUGUGACAGCUGGUUCUUCCAUGUACUAUCUGCAAAUCGUGAACUUUAUCUCACUCAUCCUUCUUCCUCGAUGUCUGAGUCCCCUCAUUUACGGCCUGAGGGACAAUGCCUUCCGGCCACUGUUCCUCAGGUAUUUCAGGUGCAACUUCAGAAAAAUCAGACCUGAUGUACUUGGACAAUGAAACAUUAUAAAAGUAAAUAUUAUUCCAAUUAAAAUGGUUUUAAGAAACUAUUUCAUGUCUAAUUUAUUACUAUGUUUUUCAUCCUUUAAAAGAUUUUCUAACAGUAUUGGAAUUGCAAGAUUCCAACUCACACUAUUCAUUGGUCCUCAAAACACGCUUUCUUAAAAAAAUAAUUAAAAUAGUUUUUCUUUAUUCCUUUUUCCAUGCAGAAGAAUGAAGUGCCAGACUUCACAAAGUUACCAUACAAUAUCCAGCUUAGAUUCUGAUGUAUCAGUUUGCCAAUUGACUUUUCCAUGUUUUAAAAUGAUUAAACAGGACAGCCAUGCAUUUUCUCCUAGCAGAAUAAAUAAUCAUUAGCUGGCAAACCAUUGUUAUUUCAAAUUAUCUUAAGGCUUAUUUUCAAAUGGUUGAGGACCUGAUUUAUUUCAGGAA